AUGAACCCAGACAAGCAGAAUAAGAACAAAGAACAUGAUCUGCAAUCCAAUAUAUCGCUAACAGUCUCCAAGAAAGCAGCCAAAACUCUUGCCGUGCGAAAUGCCUCUCUAUUGCUACGCACCCACUUCACCACUCUUGGCAUACAUGCCGUCUUCCUCUUUCUGCAUUGGACCUUCAACCGCCCUCGCUCAAUGACUCCUUACUAUUGUAUGGCCUGCCCGACUCUCGCCAUUGAGUUCUACUUGGACCGGUUGGGCCGUCCUCGGUAUAACACCGCCGACGGGUCUCUCCGCUCGCCCGGCGAGGAUCUGGGAGCUGCCGGAUUAACGGAGUACAUGUGGGAUAUCCUGUACUGGACCUGGGGCUGUCUUGGUGCGGUUUGUAUAUUUGGCGAUCGUGCCUGGUGGCUGUGGGUUGUUAUACCGUUGUACUCCGUCUGGUUGGCAUAUACAACCUUCACUGGGGUUCGAAGCGGAUUAGCCGGAAUGGGUGGCGUGGAACAUUCCGAGGGAGAGAGCAAGAGGCAGAAGAAGAUGGAGAGGCGAGGACAGCGGACACAGUAUCGUUAG